AUGAGUGCAUAUGGAGGUCUAGGGCCCAUGACCGUUGCGGUCCACUGGGUGGAGCUUGUCAUCUGCGCGAUCUUUGCAGGGCUACGACUGUUUACGCGGAAGUUCAUUCUGGACUCCGUUGGAGCAGAUGAUUACCUAGUUAUAAUUGCCCUAGUGAGAAAGGCACCAGCAGACCCUCAUGCAAUUGCACAGACUGACAUCACACAGGUCCUCCAAAUACUCUAUGUUGUCUUCGUCACCAUAGGGAGUGCCUACGGACUAGGCCGGCUUUUCGUCGACGUUGGUGAUCCCGUCACCUAUUUCACGGCCAUCAAGUAUGAAUUAUUCAGCCAGGUCGCUGGGAUCAUGGCCAUCGGCGUCGGCAAGUUAGCUGUCGGCAUGUUCCUGCUGCGCAUUGUACGCAAUAAGAUCCAGAUUGGGGUCAUCUGGGGCUUCCUGGCAGCGACCACGUUCAUCACACUGUUCGCCAGUAUCUGCGUCAUAGUACAAUGUAUUCCAGUCGAAAAAUCGUGGAACCGCAUGGCGGAAGGAACGUGUUGGCUAGACUUUUCCAAGGUUGGCUUCACUGUUGGAUCUUGGUUUGUCGUUGACGACUUUUGCUUUGCGAUUCUUCCAUGGUUCAUAGUCUGGGAUCUGAACAUGAAGCGAAAGGAGAAAUUUACUGUUGCUGGGGCUCUGAGUCUAGGGGUGUUCGCUGGAGUAUGCGGCAUUGUCCGGACAGUGGCUCUCGGAGGGCUGAAUGCAUCCGAGUACAUCUAUGACACCGUGCCCAUGCUCCUCUGGUCGUCCACCGAAAGUACGGUCACGAUCAUGUGCUCCUCGAUCGCCGUCCUGCGUCCUCUGUACGUUCGCAUCCGGUACGGCACCGACAGCAAGAACAGCUCAGGCAAGGACUCGUAUAAAAUGCCUAUGUACGGGAGUAGUCGGAAGAAUGGCAAGUUCUCCGGGCUUGACGAUUCCAUCCUCGACACAACGACCACCUUUACUGAGCAGAAGUCUCCGGUCAACUUUACCACCAACAAUAAGAGCGAUGAGGCGAUUGUCCAGGGUGCUGCUGGGAUUGAGAGGACGGAUGAGGUGUCGGUUAGCUAUGAGGCGUAUAACAAGGUCUAG